AUGCAGCUAUUCAUCUGGUCUCUUUUGGCCAGUGCCUGCUUGGCUGUGCCCAUCAUCGAGAGGGAUCAAUAUCCCAUCAAGGCAUUCGACCGCAACAGUCCCUACACGCGUAAACACAGAGAUCCCUAUGAUCACAAGAUCGACUCCUACGGCGAUGACCUACAGCCGCUCCCUUGGCGAAACGGCGAUGGCGCUUCCAUGUUGGGUCCCCGGAACAAGGACCGGGAGAGGCAGAACCCGGACAUGAUUCGCCCUCCUAGCACGGAUCACGGCAGCAUGGCAAACAUGCGUUGGAGCUUUGCCGAUUCCCAUAUGAGGAUCGAGGAAGGUGGCUGGACUCGGCAAACGACCGUCCGAGAGCUGGGUGCCAGCAAAGAAGUCGCUGGCGUCAAUAUGCGACUCGACUAUGGGGUAAUACGAGAACUGCACUGGCACAAAGAGGCCGAAUGGGCGUAUGUACUUGAAGGGAACGUCCGUGUCACCGCUUUAGACACCGAAGGCGGCAGCUUCAUCGACGAUCUCCAGAAAGGCGACCUAUGGUAUUUCCCAUCGGGUCACCCGCACUCUCUGCAGGGAUUGAGUCCCAAUGGAACCGAGUUCCUUCUUGUUUUCGACGACGGCAACUUCAACGAAGAGUCUACCUUCUUGUUGACAGAUUGGCUGGCUCACACACCGAAGGCUGUUCUUGCGGAGAAUUUCCGGCUUGCUCCCGAGGUGUUCAAGACAAUUCCCAAGUCUGAUAAGUACAUCUUUCAAGGUUCGUUACCUGGAUCGAUUGAUGAGGAGAAGCCAGACGGCCGUCAUGUCAAGAAGUCCCAAUACCAGUUCACACAUAAGAUGAUGGACCAGGAACCGGUCAACACGACUGGAGGACAAGUCCGCAUCACCGAUUCGACCAACUUCCCAAUUUCGAAGACCAUCGCAGCGGCUCAUCUUGAUAUCCAGCCAGGAGCCAUGCGAGAGAUGCACUGGCAUCCCAAUGCUGACGAGUGGUCGUUCUUCAUCAAGGGCCGCGCGCGAGUCACUGUCUUUGGAGCCGAGGGUACCGCCAGAACAUUUGAUUUCGUUGCCGGAGACGUCGGUGUCAUCCCACGUAACAUGGGCCACUUCAUCGAAAACUUGAGUGAUGACGAGCCCGUUGAAGUCCUCGAAAUCUUCCGGGCCGACAAGUUCCAGGACUUCUCGUUAUUUCAAUGGCUAGGUGAGACUCCUCGGAGGAUGGUGGCGGAUCACAUCUUUGCGGAUGACAAGGAAGCGGCGGAGAAGUUCCUGAAGGAGAUUCACGACGCCGAUUACGACCCCAUCAGAGGAAAGAAUGAUUAG